AUGGAAACAGAUAGUGUGGUGAAGUGUAGCUGGAGGCUGAGCAGGGAUCUGGCUCAGGCCAGCACCUACCGGCUGUCCUGCAGACACAAAGACACCAGCCAAGAAGUGAGAGUGAAGGAGGAUGGAGAGAACUGGCAGCUGACAUGGUCUGCUUCCCCGUCUGCCAGCACCGUCACUCCCUCCUAUCAGGUGCGCUACUAUCCGGCUGGAGCGCAGCAUGUGAUCAGAGUCUUCAACGUCUCCCAGGGGUCUCUCUCUGCCAGCGUCCUGGGGAGCUGCCUGCUGCCCUCCCGCCCCUAUGUGGCCCAGGUCCGGGUCCAGGUGCUCCCUGACCACAGUUCCUACCAAGGCCCUCCCUCUGAGUGGUCAGCCUUGGCCACUUGGACCUCAAAGCCAGCUUCCUUCUCAGCGGCCACACUGUACAGCUGCGUGGCCGUCUCCGCCGCCGCUAUCUCCCUGCUCUGCUUCUUCUCCAUACCAGCCUGCUACAAGCGGAUGGUGAUGUGGGAGGGCUCCCUCCCCUCUCCUGUGAAGAGCAAAGUGCUCUCUGACAUCGUGGGGGGGAAUGUGAAGAAGUAUCCUGGUGGGGUCUCCUUGUCCCAAGGUUCCAGAUGUAGGGUUUUCAGCCACACCACAGAGAGCCUAGACCUCAGUCUCUGUUCCACCUGCUCCAUGUCUGACUUGCAGAGCGAGGAUGUGGAUGGCAGGCUGCACCACCUCCCUACUGCCCCCGUCCUGCUGGUGCAGACGCCUGACUGCAGUGGACACAGCUUCAGCGGACCCUACAUCUUCUUCUCCAGCACAGCAGCUGUCUCUCCAGGCCCCCGCAGGGCAGCCAAUCGCCUCUCCACCCCCUCCACCCCCUCCACCCCCUGCUCCUCCGCCCUGCACCCCCCCGGGGGCGAGAGCUGCUACGUGGUCCUGCCCCAACCUCGCCUCUCCUGCUCCUUAGAGGGACUCGCUCGCCACGGCAACGACGCGGACGGUUGGAGCGGUAACCACGUCAACAGCAGUCCGGCUGAGACACGUCCCGGCUCAGAGCUCCUCCAGCCCCCCCUCCCCGACGAAGCCCCCCCCGCCUACACCCCCAUGUACAACUUCCUGUCCUCCGGGUCCAGGGCUGAGUGUCCCUGA